CCAAAAUGCGGCCAGACCUGCAGGUUAAGAAAGCUUCACAUGCCUCCCGCCGCCUGAACGAGCUACAUUACAGUAUUCACACGCUGCAGCGCCCUGCAUUGGUUGACCCGUCUAUGUACUUGCUCUAUCUAUUCUGUCCUAAUAGCAGACCACCUGGACAAUAUAAGUUGUACAUUCGCUCCCUCCUUCCGCUUCGGUGAUCCUCAUCUUCAUCUCCUCCGAAACCCUUCGCGGCCAGACGCGGGGCAUCUUCUAUUUGACUUUACAUUUCCUUGAGCUCUCGAGUUGCUGCGCCGUAAAGUUUCGUGCUUCAUUGAUCAUCCUCAUCCUUCAGUGCUCCUGCUCGAUUGAUCGUGCCGCCACACAUCGCAACCAUGACUUCAAAUCAGCCUCAAUUCUUCCCACCUCCUCCUGCAACCCAAGAACAGCAGCAGUUCGCGCCUCCGCCGACUCAGCAACCACAGCAAACCUUCGCACCUCCACCUGGACAGAAGCCUGAACAGUUUGCGCCACCGCCUGGUCAACAGCAACAACAAUUUGCACCUCCGCCCACCUUUGCGCCUCCUCCGGCAUUUGCGCCUCCUCCCAGUGGUGAAAGCGCGCCGAGUGCCAGCACCUCAGGCGCGGCUGUCGUCGAAAGCAAACCGCUUCCUCUCUAUCCCGGUCCUCCAGAUGCACCAUACCCACAAGAGAAGCAGGGCUUUCCGGAAGAGGAGGAGCUAGACGAAUAUGCCGAACACUAUGCUCAAGCACUCGCUCGCGCACCUCCAACGCCUGGUUUUGGCGCCCCAACAAGCAGCUUCUCUGGCGCCGGUACUGUCAGCCCCGACGAUGUGGGCACUUUCAAUGGCGGCAGCUACCGAAUCAGCCAUCGCGAUACCAACACCAUUGUCACCAUUCAACUUGCCAUGGGUGCACCUUUGACCGUGCGACCAGGUCUCAUGAUUGCCAUGUCACCGACCAUUACGCUCAAAGGUAACUUCAAGUUUAGCAUGAAGAAGCUCCUUGCACGUGGUGAGAUGACACACAGCAACUACACUGGACCUGGCGAGCUGCUCCUGGCACCGUUCGCGCUUGGAGAUAUCACUACCAUUCACCUCAACGGAAGCGAGACCUGGACCAUUGGUCGGGACGCCUAUAUGGCUUCGACGUCGGGCGUCAACAAAGACUACCAAUCGCAGACUCUCAGCAAGGCCAUGUUCUCCGGCGAAGGCCUUUUCGUGUACAGAUUGAGCGGUACUGGCCUGUGUUGGCUUCAGAGUAUGGGUGCCAUUCUUCGCAAGGAUCUCCGCGAAGGCGAGAAGUACAUCAUCGACAAUGGACAUCUGGUUGCAUGGAACUGCAAUUACGUCAUGGAGCGCGUCGCCAGCGGAGGCAUCAUCAGCAACAUGAGUGCUGGCGAAGGUCUUGUCUGCAAAUUCACAGGUCCUGGUGCUGUCUACAUGCAGACGAGGAAUCCGGCGCAAUUCUCGUUGUACAUGGCUCAGCACGCAGCAGCGAUUUGAUUUCGUUGUGGCUUUUUAUAGAUUAGGCAUCGUGGACGCGGUGAGCUC